AUGGGGAUUGGGACGCUCUUCCUAUUGGGCUGCAACCACCCCAGUUUCACCCUCCCCUGGAGGAGCCUCCUUGUUUAUCUUGUGGCUCUGCAACUCCUCCAUCUGGAAUCAGCCCAGCUCAGGGUGGUGGCACCGAGCCUCCGUGCCACUGCCAACGAAGGACAGGAUGUUGUGCUGCGCUACCAGUUGUUCUCUUGCAAGGAUGCUCAGAGAUCAGACAUCAGAUGGAUCCAGCACCGGUCCUCUGGGCUUGUAUCCUACCAAAAUGGAGUGUGCCUGCAACAGAUGGUGGAAUGUAAAGGGAGGACAGAACCGCUCAGGAAUUGUCUCUCUGAUGGAAACCUGGAUUUGCGCAUCACUGCAGUGAGCUCCUCUGAUAGCAGCUCAUAUAUCUGCGCUGCGCAAGAUGGUGAUGGUUAUGCGGACGCUGUGGUGAACCUGGAGGUGUCAGAUCUCUUUUCCCAAAUUGUGCAUCCCUGGAAGGUGGCUCUGGCUGUGAUCAUCACACUUCUGGUUGUGUCAUCUGUUGUCAUUGUUUUUCUCUAUAGAAAGCGAAGAGAGCUGAGAGUGGAGGGGAUGAAGUGCAGGGAGGUGUUGUGCAGCAACAGGGAUGGUCGAGGUGGUGCUGAGUUCUGGUCCAUGGAGGUACACAGGAGGAGGAAGGGAGAUUUUUCCUGA